CCUCAUCCAUCAGUAAGAAGAAUGGUCUCAUGUCAGCCAACGUUGGAGACACAGUGGUUUUGCUCUGCUUCAACAAAGGCGACGUGGGAGUAAUGUUUUCCUGGUACAAGCAAAGUUUUGGAAAUAUUCCUCAGCUCAUCUCAACCAUCUAUAAGUAUGACAGAAAUGCAACAUUUUACCAUGAGUUUAAGAAUAACCCUCGCUUCUCAGUAGAAGGUGGCCAAGGAAAAAAUCACCUAAUGAUAGCAGAUGUGGAACUCUCUGAUUCAGGCACAUACUACUGUGGAAGUGCUUUUGGAAACAAUGUGGAGUUUGGACAAGGAGUCAUUCUCAUCAUAAAAGGUUCCGGGUCCAGAAAUAUGCCUGUUAUACAUCAGUCUGUGUCUGAGUCAGUCCAGCCAGGAGAUUCUGUGACUCUGAACUGUACAAUACACACGGAGACCUGUGCAGGAGAACACAGUGUCUAUUGGUUCAGACAUGGCUCAGGAAAAUCCCAUCCAGGAAUCAUUUACACCCAUGGAGACAGGAGUGAUCAGUGUGAGAAGAGCCCUGAGGCUGGGUCUCCUACACAGAGUUGUGUCUACAACCUCCCCAAGAGGAACCUCAGCCUCUCUGAUGCUGGGACUUACUACUGUGCUGUGGCCUCAUGUGGGGAGAUACUGUUUGGGAACGGGACCAAGCUGGAUGUUGUCCAUGGUUGUAAGGAGGACCGUGUUCUCUUGGUGUACUGUCUGGGUGCAGCGUUGGGUCUGUGUUUCAUCAUCAUCAUUGUCCUUGGUUGUGUUUUGUAUAAGAUAAGCAGGGGAGAAUGUGAACAGUGCAGAGGGGCGCCCCCUCAGCCAAGUACUCCGGAGGUCCCCAGUCAUAACCAGGAUCAAGAUGUUGACACACUCCAUUACGCCGCUCUGAAAGUCGUCCACAAGAAAGUGAAGGCCGGGAGAGAGAGGAGCGCCAUGGAGAGAGACACUGUUUACUCUGGAGUGAGACGCCAAAACAUGGACUGAAAUGUAGACUUUUGCUCUUUAAUAACUUGCAUUGAUGUUUUGUGUUUCCCACCUUAUAUAGCUUUAUAUAUCAGGGAAGUUUUCAUUUUCAUUUCAUUGUCUUAAAAGAAAACAUGGACUGAAAUGUAGACUUUUGCUCUUUAAUAACUUGAAUUAGUUGUAUGUGUUGCCCACUGCAUAAAGCUUAAUAUAUCAGGGAAGUUUUCAUUGUGUCUUACAAGAAAACAUGGACUGAAACGUCAGCGUUGCCUCUUUAUCAACUUGAAUUGCUUGUAUGUGUUUCUCACUGUAUAAAGCUUUAUAUAUUAGUGAAGUGUCUUUCAAUGCCUUGUAUUCUG